AGGACCUUCCCCCAGACGCCCCUUCUUCCCCCUUCCCUUCCUCACCUUAUCUGUACACCUCACAUCUCCUCCUCCCAGAAUGGAACAGCACCAUUAGCAUUUGCUAUCCUCCUUUUACAUGGAUUCCCUCUUCCACCCUUAACCUUGGACUCCAUUGACAAGCUCGGACCCUUCUCCCUCUCCAUCCAUAUCUCAGUCAUCCCUGCAGGUUCGGUUGCACAACCACCAUGGCCUCUGCAACGACAAGGCCCGCCUUCUUCUUCCACAGCAUCUCCACCAAACCUUCCCCCACCCCGAAGCAGAAGCCGGCGCACUGCUCACUUGCCAGACCCCAGAGAGUCUCUUACUUCCGGUUGCUCCCCGGCGCCUCGAGACUGCGCCUUUUACCGCGCUCCAUUGAUGUCUCGAAGGAAGACACCCCGAUGUCCAACCGGGAAGCCGAGGACCCUUCCCCCCCUCCUCCUCCUCCUACCCUCGAGGCCGAGCCCGAGUCUCCUGAGGAGAAGUUCGACAAGAGGAGGCUGGAGGAGAAGUUCGCAGUCCUGAACACGGGGAUCUACGAGUGUCGGUCCUGCGGGUACAAGUAUGACGAGUCGGUCGGGGACCCGGCGUAUCCGAUCCCUCCGGGGCUGCCAUUCGACAAGAUACCUGUAGAUUGGAGGUGCCCCACCUGUGGGGCCGCCAAAAGCUUCUUCGAGAGCAAGAGCGUGGAGAUUGCCGGGUUCGCGCAGAACCAGCAGUUCGGGCUGGGAGGGAACGCCCUGACGUCGGGGCAGAAGGCCCUAUUGAUAUACGGGAGCUUGUUCUUCUUCUUCCUUCUCUUUUUGUCGGGCUACUUCUUGCAAUAGUGGCAGUUGCAAUGUUCCUUCUUCUUGUUGUUUAGUCUUCUUUGUUGCAUCGGUGGUUUGAUGAGAGAAUAUUAAGGCUGCUUGUAAUAAUAUGUGCAGAUAGAAAGAUAACUCGCAUAAGUACUUUGGGCAUGGUGUUAUAUGAUUAGCUCGAGAGCCAUUUCCUCGA